AUGAAUUCGUGGGGAAAUGAGCAUUUUUCAAUGCCAAAUAUUAUAGCCAUGACUGGAGUUAUGCCAAAUUUGGUGCCAAGUAUGACACCGUCUCUUGUUCAGCCUUAUAAUGUGAUAGGUGACAUGAAUCAAAUCGGUCAACACAUGAACCAGAUAGGACCACCUGUAGUAAAUCAAGUAGGUCCGAUGAAUCAAAUUGCACCAUCGAUGAAUCAAAUAGCUGUAUCAAUGACUCAAGUUGAUGGACCUGUAAAUCAUUUACCGCCGGGACCCCUUAUAGGCCCUGUGCAAUCGGACCCCCAAGGGAACAUAGUUGCAGUUGUUGAGGAACAAACUAAUGAUGGAUCAGAAAAACAAGUGAUGAAUGUUGAAGCACCUGAAAAGGCAUCACGUUUAAGUAGAGAAAGAAGUGAUAGACGUGAUCGGGAUAGAGAUCGAAGUCGUCGCCGCUCAAGGUCCCGGAAUCGUGACCGCGACUAUAACAAAGACCGCAAAAGGAACAAUCGGAGAGAAAGGAGUCGCAACGACCACAGAGAAAGACACUCCAAGUGGGAUGAUGACAAGUACAACCAACAAUUGAAUCUAUCUGCUGUUAUGAUGCAAGCUCAUCAACCGUCAAUGAUGCAAUAUGGCAACAUAAUGUCUGGCUCUAUGAUGCAGCAUCAAAUAGAAAUGACUAACAUGCAGCAAAUGAUGCAAAUACCUGGAAUGAAUAUGGCACCAAAUAUGAUGAUGAUGAACACACAAAUGCAAACAUUAAGUCUGCCUAUGUACUUCAGUACUGGAGUGAUACUCCCCCCAUUACCAGGGACUUCAGUUCCACCUAGAAGGGAACGUCCAUUUGGCUGCCGUACAAUCCUUGUUGGUGGAGUGCCUCAGGCUAUCACUGAAGAUGUUGUAACAGAAAUUUUCCAACGCUUCGGAGAUAUUGAAGAAGUAAAACUUCAUAAAGGCGUAUGUCAUGUACGGUUCAUGAAACAGGACAGUGUUGAACAGUCAUUUUCAGUGACAGGAUGUCGUCUUAAAGCACAUGAUCAGAACGAGAAUGAGGCUACCACACUUUAUAUUGAUUUUGCUUUGAACCGUGAAGACCAAAAUGAGUAUGAAAAAAAUAAACGCAGACGUGAAUCUACUCCCCAGCGUGUGGAGCCAUACACUCCUGCUACGUUCAGCACUAUUUCAGAUAAGAUCAAGAGUGAUUCGGAUUUCGCUGAUGCAGCUUCAACUCUGAUUGCCUGGCUUGAACGUGGCGAGUGUAACAAAAAAAACGCCAACAACUUCUACUCUCUAAUUCAAGCAAGCAACAACCAACUCAGAAGACUCUUUAAUGAGAAGAUGCAGAUUGACGAAGAGUUUCAAUCCAUGAAGAACAGCUUGAAGGACAAGUUUACUCAUAUUCUUCUACAGUUCGAACAGGUAGCGAAAAUACUGACCGCGGCAAAACUCCAGCGCGUCUCUGACCACUUCUCGAAGCAGCAGCGGCGAAAUGUUGAGAUGUGGCUUAAAAUGACAGAGGAAUUGGACAACAUAACGGAAGAGUUCAAUACAAUGUUCGAUGAAGAUGAAGUAGAAAGGGGAAACAAAAAUGUCGUUACAAUGGAGAAAUACGAACAGCUACGGAUUGAAAACGAAAACUUGACCUACGAGUUAGAAGGUUACAAGAAUGAAGCCCAUUUAGCAAAAAACGAGGCUGAAAGGAAGUUUGAAAAGUUCAAAGCUCAUUUUAUCGCUCAACAAGCACUACAGAAUAAACAGGUCUAUCCACCUCUGCCAUCGCCACCGAUGCCAAAACUACAUUUUGCCUUCAAGGAUUUCAAAGCUGCACCGCCGAAACCACAUCCACCACCUCCGCUCCCAGACGACAACAUAUCUUCUACAGCCACAUUACCUGCUUCAGACGCGAAGCUUAUUAGCAUACUGUCAGCCUUUCUCAUGGUACAUCCACGGGGAGCAUCCUUAGAUUACCUCGUGUCCUAUGUGAAAUCUAUAGUAUCCGAAGCUUCUCAAACGACUGUUCAUGAUGUUUUGAACAAAUAUAACGAUGUAUUCCUCCGCAAAACGACUGGAGUUGGCGCUGCUAUUGAACAUAAGUGGUGUUUUGUAACAUUUGAUUCGUCCAAGGAUUAA